AUCACAAUAAGAGUAACCUGUUUUUUUGCUUUGCAAGAUUCCAAUCUGAGGAGUACAGACAUUUCCUCAAAUAGCCACCAUUUGGCUCCUGUUCGAAUCAGUUGGACCUUCUCUUCAGCUUCAGAAUAUGGAGACAGCUGCAGCAGUAACUCUUCUGGCUUUGAUUCUGGCAAUGGCUGGAGUCAGUCAGGCUCUUCACAUCCAAGGCGGAGGAGAAAAAAAUGACAUGCUGCCUGGGAGCUCAGAGGAGAGCAUGGCGAACCGCUUGAAAGGGCUGGAGAUUGAGAGCAGAGACAACAGUCUUGAUGAUCGCCUGCUGGCCUCAGUGCUGAGAGCCCUGCUGCUGGAAUUCCAGAGAGAAACCAGGGAAUCUGUCCUCCAUCAGCCACAGAGGUUUGGCCGCAGCUCCAAAGGACAGGUAGUGUUGGAGGAUCAGAUCCAACCCCGGGACUGGGAGGCUGCACCUGGUCAGAUCUGGAGUAUGGCUGUGCCUCAGAGGUUUGGCAAGAAGUAGUCUGGCACCCGGAUCCGUUCUCCUAUACGGCUGAACAGACGAGCAUAUGUCUGCACACAAAAUUAAAAAUAAAUAACAUCUACAAAGCAGUAGCAUUAUUCUCUUUGACAAAUACUGUGGUCAGACAUAAGGCUUCUUUUUAUACUUUGAUUUCAAUUACAAUGAAGUUGUAGUUUCUGUUUUUCAUUUCUAACAUAAGAAAAAUGUGAACUGGAUUUUUCUGUUUCUAUAAAAAAAAAUC